UUAUAUUGAAGUCGGGAAUGCAACAUUUUGAGAUUUUGAGGUUGAUUCUUGAGUCUUGAGUCUCUGCUUGGAAAGUCCAAAGUCGUGUUUGCUGUUUUUUCAGAGUGUGAUUUUGUUUUAGGAAUCUUCUUUUUAUUUUAUCUAUUGAGUGUUAUAAUACUUCACAAGUGUUAUUCAUUAUCACUUUCACAAUUCAUCGCAGAAAUGGCUGAUAGUUCUAACGCUUCAAACUCAAGACAAAACAAUGACAUUCUGAUGAAGAUCUACUUCGUUUCAAUUUUACUUUUGGACGUUUCGAUUCUUCUCGUCAAGAUCAUGUUUGGAAUAAUUGAAUCGAUUUACUUGAAGUUUGUGCCGCCUCCAGAAAAGUCGGUUACGGGCGAAAUUAUUGCUAUCUCUGGUUCGGGCCACGGCAUUGGCAGAGAGCUGGCGUUGCAGUUUGCUUCGCUCGGAGCCACCAUUGUCUGCAUCGACAUCAAUGAGCCCAACAACAAGGAGACUGUCAAAAUGAUCUCCGAGCGCGGAUAUCCAACCGCACACAGCUUCAUUUGUGACGUAUCCAGCCGAGAAAAUGUGUUGGCUUUGGGCAAAGAAAUCAAAGAAAAGGUCGGUGAUGUGACUAUUCUCAUAAACAAUGCGGGAAUAAUGCCAUGCCACCCUUUCCAGAGCCACAGUGAACAAGAAAUCAAAAAGAUGUUCGACAUCAAUGUGUUCGCACAUUUCUGGAUGUUGGAAGUGUUCUUGCCUUCUAUGAUUGAAAAGAACCAUGGCCAUAUUGUUGGCAUCUCAUCCAUGGCUGGGAUUUUGGGACUCAAAAAUCUUGUACCAUACUGUGCUUCAAAGUUCGCUGUUAGAGGUAUGUUGGAAGCAUUAGCUGAGGAACUACGCGAGGAUCCUAGAAAUUUGCAGAUUAAGUUUACUGGAAUUUUCCCGUACAUGGUAGACACAGGACUCUGCAAAAGGCCGAAAGUCAGGUUUCCGUCACUUCUCGGAUUGGUUCCACCACCAGAGGCAGCUCGGCAAAUUGUCACAGCCGUCAGACGUGAAUCCUUGGAAGUGUCCAUACCAAGUCAUCUGCUCUUUGUUAACAACUUGUUCAGAUUGUUCCCUGUGAAAGUGUGCAGACUAAUGAAGGAUUUCCUAGACAGUGGCUGCGAAUCUCAUGAUUGAAUGAAUCACUGUUAGAAACACAUAGAAGACGCACCUUCUUGCCUUUGACACUUCCUUCCCAGUCAAUUCGGUCAGCAAUAAUAUCUACUUUGUGAAGACUGUACUGAGGCCUAUUACUUUAUUUUUUGAGGGAGUUUUGAGAGUUCCGAGUAUUCAAUUUCUGGAAGUUCGAUAAGUGGUAGUGUUUCGUUUGCUAUAUUCGUACAAAAAUAGUGAGCGAGUUGUUAUUUGUUUGUUACCAAUGAAAUCAAACUGGAAGAGUGUUUAUAUUUUUUCCUGAUUCCAUUCAUCCCGAAAAGUGGAAUGGAUUUUGGAAAAAUUAAAUUUGUAGUUUUCUUCUGAUAUAUUUUGAUUGUGCCAGAAUAUUAAUCAACUUAUUGCCUAGGCUAAUAGAAUUAGUUAAUUACUCAUUUACCGCUUGUGCCUGCAUUUUUGAUAGCUAUCAAUGCUUUUCAGUAGUUAUCAAAGACGUGUGCUCUUUUUGGAUGUCUGAAUGUCAUUGAACUUGGAAUGAUAUUUUACAAUCAAUGAUAUUAGAUUUAACAAGAAUUUCAAGCGCUCAAAUUGUAGUUUCCAUAAUAUAAUCAUAUUGUAUAUUUUUCUCUGUUGGCUUUCCACGGUUCAUUUUUGACUAUCAAAAUACUAGACCUUUGAAAUUUUAUCUUCUGUAUUAGAUUUUAUCGUCUACUCACUAUUCAAACUACAUAAAAUGAUAUUAUUGAAUACUAUCUAAUUAAUGGAAUAUAUUUGACUUACUAUGAGGUAUAAUCUUUCAUAGAACUCUAAAAAAUUGAAGCAAUAUUUUUAGCAUAGUACUUGGUUUUUCAGAAAUUGAAAAAUCGCAACAUUCUAUAGCUUUUAUUAUACUAUCACUAUUGUUUCAUUAUUUCAUUUAUUCUACUAUAAUUACUCUCUGAAAAUACCUGUAAUUUUUGUUAAGGCUACUCUACUGUCAAACUCAUCAUCAAAAUCAUCACAUUUAUUACGUCUUUUAUUAUAGAUUUUGGAUAUGGUAGAUUUUUGAAAUCUCUAGUUUCCUAAAUUUUACUUGAAUAUGAUAUUAAAAUUAGAAUAGGUCUAUAUUUCAAAAAUGUUUACGUGUUAUUAAACAUAAUCUCCAUCACAUAAUUAUAUUAUAACUACUUACUACUUCGAUAUUCUACUGGAUUCAUCACAUUAGUCUAUUAUUGCUAUUGUCUAGAUUUAGUGUUAGUUCCUUGACUUAUUGCAGUGUAGAAGUUUUAGACCUUUAUUAUUUAAAUUCAGUGUUAGCGAACUAAAACAAAUGGUUUGCGUGCUUGAUUUCUCGAUCAACUUGAUCUGUCAUGUACAAUGAAUAACAAAUUUUCUUUUUUUAGAAAGACGUUAUUUUUCAAAUGUCACAAAACUAUUAUUUUAUCAUUUUUACUGAGACACCCUUUUGUCCAUAUUUCCAAGCUCAUUAGUUUAUGCAUAUGAUUGUUGAUAAUUGUGCCUGAAAACUAUAAGUAUAAGGUCCUAGUUGUAUGGUAUUUGUGAUACUUAACAAAAUUUAAGUUUUUGGGUUCAUAUAGCAAAUACUUAAUAACAUAAAUAGAGCUCCAAUAAAAUCCAAGAUGCUUGUAGUUGUGUGAUUUAAGUAAGCAUAAUGUGUAAGUGUUCGUUAGCGGACAAGAAAAUAACCAAAGCUUUGUUUUAUCUUGCCUGUAUUAAUAUACUUCGAAGUAGAGAUUAAAAUUGAAAUGUUUAUCAUGUUAUCGGUAUAGAUUGCUUGCAUCUUUAAUGUUUAUACCAUCAGAACACAGUUUGACUUAUAUUCCUUAAAUUUAAUCUUUUGAUUUUGUAAUAUUUAAUUAGUCUUCUCAUAUUUGUUUAAAUCCUAUUCAGGAAGAGGAGAUUGUUGAAUUUCAUAGCAUAGCCUAUUUUAUAUAACUGAAAAUUUAACAGAUUAUUGUAAUUGACAAUAUUUUUAUCAACAUUGUUUUAUUCUCGUUAUUUGUAGUUUCUAGAUUCGUGUGAUAAAUAUUGCGUGAUUAAUACUUCGAUGCAUAUUUUUGUAAGUUGAAGGUUUGUUAGCAGUUUCAAUGUAAUUUUUGUAGUCUGAAAAUAUAUUUUUAACAAUGCAAAAA